GGUCGUUGUGCUUUUGGGGCCGCGAGUAUAUAAAGGCAGCGGGGACCUGAGUUGACGCAUUCCGCUCUGCUGACUCUUUCCAACAUGGCGGCCACAAGAGCACUCCUCGUCUUUCUCUGUUUAGGACUGACAGCAGCUGAGGAAGCCUUGCGCGAGAAAAGGGGCUUCGCCAAGGCCUGCUGUGGAGCUGGAGGCUACGGCGGGGGCGGAGGUGGUGGCUACCUAGUCGUCGGAGCCGCUGGAGGAGGCCACGGCCCUACUGGAGGAGACAUCGCCAACCAGGCAGCUGCCCAGGCGUCCGCUGCAGCGGCCGGUCUCAAGGGCGCAGCCGCUUCCGCCGCGGGGGCAGUAGCGAACCAAGCAGCGGCCACAGCUUCCGCAGCUGCGCAGACGGCCACGGCCGCAGCCGCGCAGAAGCAGUCCGAGGCGGCUGAGCUGACGCAGGCGGCCCAGGGCGCCCAGGCAGCGGCGUUCUCGGAGUCGUCGCUCUCCGGGAAGGCCUUCGCGGCAGAGAAGGCUGCCGAGAACACCCACAACCUGGCCGUCGCUCUCGCCAACGACCUCUCCGCCGCACACGACGAAGCCAACAUGGUGGUCGCCCAGGCGUGGAGGGCCCUGCAGGCCGCCCUAGGGGUGCAGGGCAGGCAGGCCGCCAUGGCCUGGGAGGCGCAGCAGGCUGCCAACGGCCUGCACCUUCAGCAGAGCAUCACCUUGUCGGACCUGAGCUCCGCUCAAGGGGCGGCUGCCCAAGCCCAGGAAGCUGCCGCCAAGGCGCUAGCCAAGGCUAAGGGCAGCAGCGGGGGGUAUGGAGGUGGGUACGGCGGGUAUGGGCACUAAAAGGAGGUUCGAGCCAGUGCCCAGGAUCUUCCGAGAGAAAGGAACCUAAAGGGGGACUUAGGGUUCAGAAGAAGAAGAGAUUAGGAUCUAUUUAUCUGUUUUGCAUUUGCUGGGAAAAAGGUCUAAACAUAUUUACUUAUAGAUGAUGACGAUUAUUUGUAUAUAACUGAUGUAUCGACUUUGCUUUAAAUACAUGACGAAUUCA